AUGUCGUUUCUGAAAGUCAGCUUACUAAUUUGCCUUUUAUGGCAGAAAAACGAUGCCGCCAAGUACAACGAGUUUGUUCUCGACGAGCUAAAUCCAUCAUUUGCACUUCAUGGUAUGAGACUGAAAAAACUGGAGAGUAUAACGGUUUUUGGCUGUGAUGGCUGUGACUUUUUGAUCGACUACACCCAGCGUGGAUGCACCACAGAACAAGAGAAUAUCUGCAAAGAUCCAAUACCAUUUACGAUUAAUUGGAACAAUUUGGAUCCGUCGGAUGGACAACAAGAAGUCAUUCCUUUUCAAGACAACUCAAAUGAGUUCUUCUAUGCAUUUGCAUUCAAAUGUUCUCAAGAAUCAGAGCUAGCUGUCACACUAACAGGCGAAAACUCAAAUUUGGAAUUCGCUAUCUCUUUCCGUGUACUACAAUGGGUUGAUGAGGGAAAGAAAGUGAUUGUAUUGCCUGGAAGUGGUUUCCCGGAUAAUCCAUUUUAUGUAUUGGUGAGAGAAAACUGGGUUAUCACAACAGUCACCUUUCCACCUAAUCUCACUUACGACCAUAGUCCGAAUGUUGCACUUGAAGCGACAAAAUGGGAUCAAACAUUUGCCUCUACUUGCCAAACAGACGAGGAUUUAAAGAAAUGCGCUACCGACGCCAAAUAUUCGAUCUACUUUGGAUCAGCUCCGGGCAAAAAAUAUAACGAACGAAAUCACUUGACCGAUCUUGAGGCCAAUUUACCUCUGAAUCCCCGCACAAGUGCCAGCACAAUAUUCGCUGUUGACAAUUGUGCUUUUUGCUUAAAAUACACAAUUAACCCAGUAGUACCCGGGUUGGACCUAGCGUCAAUGUGGUCUUCCUUUUACUAUCCAUGGAGUUUCGAUCGCGCUGAUUUGUAUACUGACUGUUGGACUUGGACCAUUCUUUUUUCUGCAACAAACCGAUUGCCUCGGCCCGUGAUCCUCGAGCUACCACAAUUAAAAGGUGGAAGACUGCAAAUAAUUGGUUUCGGAUGGUUGAAUGAUAACGCCGGAUGUGAUAUUGUCAUUUUCAGGAAAACAUUUCUCGCUCCUCUAGACGAACCACUACGAUUUUCAACAUACUGUUUCAAUAUUCAAUUCUGCACGGAUUACCCGCUAGGAGAUCCAGAUCAAGGAUAUGUGUUACUUGCUCACAUCCUUGUUGUGAAGCAUCAA